AUGACUUUCGACCUCCCAUUCUCCGUUAUCAUCGUAGGCGCUGGUAAUAUCAACUUUGGCUCUCCAGAGGGUCCGUGGAAUCAUUCCACACGCCUCGAAGCCAAGCUAGGCGUUCGACUGGUAGUCGCAGCCAUCGUUGAUCCUGCGACAGCCCAUGCUAAGCGGCAGCUGGAGGUGAAGCGCGGGUCAGCAGCGGCGGCAUCUUAUGCUUCGACUCUGAUUUUCUCGUCAAUCGCUGCCGCCCACGCAGGACUGGACAGCCCGCCAGACCUCGUCGUCCUUGGGUCCCCCGCCGCGUUCCGGGGCACGACCGACGAGUCAUCUGGAAAUGACGCUGAAGUGCAGCUUAGCCGCAUGUUCCCUACUGCUGCUAUAUUUGUGGAAAAGCCUGUUGGCGCAGGCCCAGUCGAAGAGCCUCGCGCCGUUGGUCAGCAUCUUGAGAGUGUUGGUUCGCUUGUGAGCGUAGGCUACAUGCUCCGCUACUCCGCUGCGGUACAGAAGAUGAAGCAGAUCAUUCAGGACAAUAACCUGGCUAUCAUGAUGACCUCUGCUCGCUACGUCAUGGGAGCCUACGAGUUUAGCGCAAAGCCUGCUUGGUGGAACAAGGCGAUUGACUGCGGACCCAUUGUCGAGCAAGCCACUCACUUUUGCGACCUCUCGCGAUACUUUGGUGGUGAAGUCGUCCUUGGUUCGAUUGCCGCCAACUCUGUAGAGUGGUACGAGGCGCCGGGGAGGCUUAGCAAGAUAUCAGUGGACGAGACUCUCAUUCCGGAGGAACAACGCAUUCCGCGGUUCACGUCGGCUACCUGGAAAUAUGCUAAUGGUGCCAUUGGACAUCUCGAACACGGCGUGGCUCUGCAGGGCACGGCAUUUUCCACCGAGUUCACGGUCUGGGCUGACGGGUAUCAACUCAAACUGGUCGAUCCAUACAACCACCCAACCCUGUACCUUCGCCGGCCCGGUAACGAUGCAGAGGAGAUCAUCCAUUUCGACGGAGAUGACCCAUUCCUUUCCGAGAUGGCGGCUGUCAUUGAGCGAAUCGAGGGGGCUGAUACGCCGAUUCUCAGUUCAUACGCAGAUGCCGUGAAGACGUAUGAGAUGACUUGGGCCAUCCGUUGGGCAAGCGAGCGUUCCCGAGUGCCCAAUGGUAUUGCUAACUAG